ACAAGCUGGAUAUCAAUGCGAUUUGGGCAUAAGGAACGCUGAACUCUCUGAUUACGUAUCAAACGGACGAUCAGCUGAACGCGCCAGCGCCGCUUUUGUACAUAUUUGAGAACACCGGGCGCUUUGAUAACUGAACUUUGUCCCCUCUGGAUCGUUCAGCAGGUGGAUUCUAAGUUUGAUGCCGUGCCAUUCUGUACGGUUAGAUGGGUUGGCCGCAUAUAUAAACGAAAGCAAGGUGCCAUUGCUUGCGCCAGUAUCAGCACCCAGACAUCCUCGACUAUACCUUACUAGCGACAGUCAAGCAGUCAAGAUGGCUCUGAUGUCUGCUGCUUUCAACAACUUCGAUCUAGGCAGCGGCAUGCUGCUUCCGAUAGUUCUGGGCAUAGUUGCCCACGUUGUCUUCAAGAAGUUCGAGCCAGCGGGGUUAGUGCCCCUCACUGCGUUGUUGGGAGUGGUACCUGCCAUAUCAGCAUAUAUGCUGCGCGAUUCUCACACGUCGAUCACCUGGACGUCGCUGGUUGCAUAUCUAUACUAUUAUGCGGCCUUAUUGACAUCGACGGUCAUGUAUCGCUUGUCUCCUCGGCAUCCAAUGGCAAAACACCCCGGUCCAAUCAUGUGUAAGAUUUCCAAGAUCUGGCUGACCUAUAUCGUAACUCGAGGCAAAUUACACAUUUAUCUACGUCAAUUGCAUGAGACAUAUGGGCCUAUUGUCCGCAUCGGACCUAAUGAGAUAUCUGUCGUCGAUGUCGAAUUGAUUCCGUAUAUUUUGGGACCCGAUGGCAUGCCGAAGGGCCCUCUUUGGGAUGGGCGCCGUAUUGCAGGAAGGCUCGGCACGAAGGAUGCUCGCGGCAACAUGAUCGCUGCUCGGGAUAAGCGGGUUCAUGCUGAGGCCAGGCGAGUGUGGAAUCGCGCGUUCACCCCGGCCUCCGUCAAGGCAUACGAACCUAUCAUCAUCCAUUGCUUGGAGGAACUGAUGGACCGACUCAAAGAAGCUGCAGCAGAAGAAAUGGUUUUUAGCACUUCAUUCAAUUUGCUACAAGACGGCGACAAGAGCGGCUUGUGGCACCUGCUGGAGUCGGCUCUCUAUCCGCCGGCGCUGACAGAGCAGAUCCCAUGGACGACGAAAAUCGUCAUGUACCUGCCAUUUAUCGGCAAGCAAAUGAAAACUCUGGGAAAGUUGGCUUACAAGCAGGUCGCCCGCCGACGGGAGGAAGGCUCGCCUCACAAGGAUUUGUUUUACCACCUUAUGAAUGAAGGUCAUGUAGAUGACUUUGAGCCGCUUCCAUUCCCUACGCUUGUCUCCAAUGCGGUUACCGCUAUCGUAGCAGGCUCCGAUACAACUGCCACCGCACUGAGCAAUGUAUUCUAUUUCAUGCUCUCUCGCCCUGAGUGCUAUGCUCGUCUACGCGACGAAAUAGACGCGGCGUUCCCCGCAGGAGAAGGCCUCGCAAACGAUUCAGCGAAGCUGGCCAAUAUGGCUUAUCUCAACGCUGUCAUAAACGAGGCCCUUCGUCUCUAUCCGUCUGUCAUUACCUGCUUGCAACGUGGCCCCACAGCUGGCAGUGGCGGCCACAUGAUUGGCACCAAAUUCUUUAUUCCAGAACAUUCGGCCGUGCUCGUGCCACCAUACGUGCUUCAUCGCGAUCCUCGAUACUUUUCUCCCAACCCAGACGAGUUCAACCCGGAUCGUUGGCUGAUGGCGGGCAAGGACGAGAAUAUAGUUCUCAAUACCAACGCUUAUAUCCCAUUCUCGGCCGGGGCGAUGAAUUGCAUCGGGAAGCCCCUGGCGCUGCUCGAAAUGCGCCUGGUCAUCGUAAACCUCCUACGUACCUUCGACUUCGGUCUGGCCACAGGAUACAAUCCAGAGCAGUGGGAUGCCGAUGUCCGCGAUUACUUCGUGAUACAGAAGGGCCCUCUUCCUGCAUUCGUACAGCUGCGACAGUGAUACAGAUAGAUCUGGUUUUGUGUCAUCAAUGUAAUUGAUAUGUCCGAGUUUGCUUCUUCUUC